CUUCUCCAAUCAGCUCUCGGCGGAAUUUCGGGAAAAUGAGAGGUUUCCAGAAUCACCCGUUUUUCAGUUUCUUUCUUUUUUUUUUUCUUUCUUUUUUUUUUUUCCCUCUCUCCCCCUCCACACGCCUGAUCUCCAGAUAAAGCAGCACAUAUGGUGUUGAUAGAAUUAAUUGGAUUGUAUCGGUUUGGUGUUGUUCUGGAAUAGAAAGUAAUUGCAGGCUGCGGUGAUGAUGUUUGGGGUGGAUUUGGAGCGUCUGCUGGAUUGAUGGCUGCUUUGGAAAUGUUAAGUCAGUAAAAGUUCGCCCUUUUCAGGGCUCCUGGUGCAGCAGCAGGAUUUUUUUUCUUCGGUCGCAGAAGGAAAAGGAAUUCCGAACUUUGUGUGUUUUUGUUUGGACUGAGAAGACACGGCUAAACAACAACAACAAAAAGUUUAGGAGAAUAUCAAAAGGAUCGCCGCCAUCAGGACUGCGCGUAACAGAGCCGUGUUUCAGUAGGAGCUUCUCCCGCAGGACACGCAGAGAGAAAAAAGGAGAAAAGAAGGAGAACAAAACAGAAAAAGGAGAGAGAGAGAGAGAGACUCUAUUUAAAGGACUAGAAGAAGGACUGGUGGAACCUGAAGAUGAACCCUAUUGUGUUUAAUAAACUGAGCAGCCCGGUGCUGUUCGAGGAGAAGGCGAGCGAGGUGGAGAGGAGCAGCAGGAACUAUCUGGAGGUGAUCGAUGAGCAGCACGCGGAUCUUCUCUCCAGGAGCCACCAGAUCACUGACAGCUCCGUGAUGAGACACAGGAGACCAGGGUCUCGUCCGAGCGGAGGAAAAGUGCGUCAUAAGCGCCAAGCUCUUCAGGACAUGGCUCGACCGCUCAAACAGUGGCUGUACAAACACCGUGACAAUCCCUAUCCCACCAAAACCGAGAAGAUCCUCCUCGCUCUCGGCUCCCAGAUGACGCUGGUGCAGGUGUCUAACUGGUUUGCGAACGCGCGACGGCGGUUGAAGAACACGGUGCGGCAGCCGGACCUCAGCUGGGCUCUCAGAAUCAAACUUUACAACAAAUACGUCCAGGGCAACGCUGAGAGACUCAGCAUCAGCAGUGAUGACUCCUGCUCAGAAGAUGGUGACCCGGCUGCUCGAGCCCAGACAGGUGAGUUCAGCAAACCCAUGUACCAGAGCGUAAUUAAAAAAGAAGGCAGCGGUGUGGGGGCGGGCCUUCGGGCAGCCGCUGACGCCUCAUUGGCUGAGGACUACGUGUCUCCGCCAAAAUACAAGAGCAGUCUUCUACAUCGCUACCUGAAUGACUCGCUGCGUCACGUGAUGGUGGCUAACGGUGUGACGGACGCACGCAGGAGGAACCACUCCGGAUCCUUCAGCUCCAACGAAUACGACGAAGAUCUCCUCUCACCUUCCUGCUCGGAAACAGAGGCCAACUUUGUCUACCGUACGGAGGCUGUGGAUCAUGGAUCAACCAAAUGUGACGGCAGUGUCGUUCCGAAAGAGAAAGGACGUGGAAAAGACGAGACGUACUGGCGGGAGAUCAAUGCCGCAAUGGCGCUGACCAACUUGGCCAAGCCUAAAGAUGGUGCUCCUGCAGGCACCACCAGCUGCAUCAUCCAGAAAUCUUCCCAUAUAGCCGAAAUCAAGACUGUCAAAGUGCCGAUCAUGCACAAGUACUAGCAGCUUCCUCGUCUGGGAAACGCAUCACGGGACUUUGGGAAUCUGCUUAAAAAUUUGUGUUCAUUUUUAUAUAUAUUUUGUUGUACUUAUGAAUAUGAAGUAGAUUUUUUUUUUGUACUUUCAAAUGAAGUGCCCUUAAAUGCA